ACCGCCCCCCGCCCCCCCGCGUCCCGCCCCCGCCCAGCCUCCCGCUCAGUGCGCGCCGCGCCUCGCUCCCGAGCGCACAGGCGCCGGCUCCGCCAGCCCAGCGGCCGCGCCGGCGAUGCGGGGCCGCCCCGCGCCCGCCCGACUCCCGGCCCCGGCGCCCGCGGGAAGGCGCUGAGCCCCCGCCGCCGCCCGGAUGGCGAGUGUCGCCGCGCUCGCCCUGUGCCUGCUCCUGCGGCUGCAGCGGCCGUGGCUGCCCGGCGCCCGCGCGCAGAGCGCCGCAGGCGGCUGCUCCUUUGACGAGCACUACAGCAACUGCGGUUACAGCGUGGCCCUGGGCACCAAUGGCUUUACCUGGGAGCAGAUUAACACGUGGGAGAAGCCAAUGCUGGACCCAGCGGUGCCCACAGGUUCCUUCAUGAUGGUGAACAGCUCCGGAAGGGCCUCGGGCCAGAAAGCCCACCUUCUCCUGCCCACCUUGAAGGAGAAUGACACCCACUGCAUUGACUUCCAUUACUACUUCUCCAGCCGUGACCGGUCCAGUCCUGGGGCCUUGAAUGUCUAUGUAAAGGUCAACGGCGGGCCCCAGGGGAACCCCGUGUGGAAUGUGUCUGGGGUUGUCACCGAGGGCUGGGUGAAGGCAGAGCUUGCCAUCAGCACCUUCUGGCCGCACUUCUACCAGGUGAUAUUUGAAUCCGUCUCUUUGAAGGGUCAUCCUGGCUACAUCGCUGUGGACGAGGUCCGGGUCCUUGCUCAUCCAUGCAGAAAAGCACCUCACUUUCUGCGGCUCCAAAAUGUCGAGGUGAAUGUGGGGCAGAAUGCCACGUUUCAGUGCAUUGCUGGUGGGAAGUGGUCUCAGCAUGACAAACUUUGGCUCCAGCAAUGGAAUGGCAGAGACACGGCUCUCAUGGUAACCCGUGUGGUCAACCACAGGCGCUUCUCAGCCACAGUCAGCGUGGCGGACACGGCUCAGCGGAGCGUCAGCAAGUACCGCUGUGUGAUUCGCUCAGAUGGGGGUUCCGGCGUGUCCAACUAUGCAGAGCUGAUCGUGAAAGAACCUCCCACGCCCAUCGCCCCUCCAGAGCUGCUGGCUGUGGGGGCCACAUACCUGUGGAUCAAGCCGAAUGCCAAUUCCAUCAUCGGGGAUGGCCCCAUCAUCCUCAAGGAGGUGGAAUACCGCACCACCACGGGCACCUGGGCCGAGACCCACAUCGUUGACUCUCCCAACUAUAAGCUGUGGCAUCUGGACCCCGAUGUGGAAUAUGAGAUCCGGGUGCUCCUCACACGACCAGGAGAGGGAGGCACAGGACCUCCGGGGCCGCCCCUCACCACCAGAACCAAGUGUGCUGACCCGGUGCAUGGUCCACAGAAUGUGGAGAUCGUGGACAUCCGAGCCCGACAGCUGACCCUGCAGUGGGAGCCCUUUGGCUAUGCGGUGACCCGCUGCCACAGCUACAACCUCACGGUUCAGUACCAGUACGUGUUCAACCAGCAGCAGUACGAGGCCGAAGAGGUGAUUCAGACCUCCUCCCACUACACCCUGCGUGGCCUCCGUCCUUUCAUGACCAUCCGGCUGCGCCUCUUGCUGUCCAACCCCGAGGGCCGGAUGGAGAGCGAGGAGCUGGUGGUUCAGACGGAAGAGGACGUUCCAGGAGCUGUUCCUCUAGAAUCUAUCCAAGGGGGUCCAUUUGAGGAGAAGAUCUACAUCCAAUGGAAACCUCCCAAUGAGACCAAUGGAGUCAUAACACUCUAUGAGAUCAACUACAAAGCUGUUGGCUCCCUGGACCCCAGUGCCGAUCUGUCCAGCCAGAGGGGGAAGGUGUUCAAGCUCCGAAAUGAAACCCACCACCUGUUUGUGGGACUCUACCCAGGGACCACCUACUCCUUCACCAUCAAGGCCAGCACAGCAAAGGGCUUCGGUCCUCCUGUCACCACCAGGAUCGCCACCAAAAUUUCAGCUCCUUCGAUGCCUGAGUAUGACACAGACACUCCACUGAAUGAGACAGACACAACCAUCACGGUGAUGCUGAAGCCUGCUCAGUCGCGGGGAGCCCCUGUCAGCGUGUAUCAGCUAGUUGUCAAGGAGGAACGGCUUCAGAAGUCUCGGAGAGCAGCUGACAUCAUUGAAUGCUUCUCCGUGCCUGUAAGCUAUAGGAAUGCCUCCAACCUUGAUUCUCUACACUACUUUGCUGCUGAAUUGAAGCCUGCCAACCUUCCUGUCACCCAGCCAUUUACUGUGGGUGACAACAAGACUUAUAAUGGCUACUGGAACCCUCCUCUUUCCCCUUUGAAAAGCUAUAGCAUCUACUUCCAGGCGCUCAGCAAAGCAAAUGGAGAGACCAAAAUCAACUGUGUUCGUCUGGCUACAAAAGCACCAAUGGGCAGCGCCCAGGUGACCCCGGGGACUCCACUCUGCCUCCUCACCACAGGAGCCUCCACGCAGAACUCCAACACUGUGGAACCAGAGAAGCAGGUGGACAACACUGUGAAGAUGGCCGGCGUGAUAGCAGGCCUCCUCAUGUUCAUCAUAAUUCUCCUGGGUGUAAUGCUCACCAUUAAAAGGAGAAGAAAUGCUUAUUCCUACUCCUAUUACUUGUCCCAAAGGAAGCUGGCCAAGAAGCAGAAGGAGACCCAGAGUGGAGCGCAGAGGGAGAUGGGACCCGUGGCCUCAGCUGACAAGCCCUCCACCAAGCUCAAUGUCAGUCGCAAUGAUGAAGGCUUCUCCUCUAGCUCUCAGGAUGUGAACGGAUUCACAGAUGGCAGCCGCGGGGAUCUGUCCCAGCCCACCCUCACCAUCCAGACGCACCCCUACCGGGCCUGUGACCCCGUGGAGAUGAGCUAUCCUCGGGACCAGUUCCAGCCGGCCAUCCGGGUGGCUGACCUGUUACAGCACAUCACGCAGAUGAAGAGAGGCCAGGGCUAUGGGUUCAAGGAGGAAUACGAGGCUUUGCCAGAGGGACAGACAGCUUCGUGGGACACAGCCAAAGAGGAUGAAAACCGCAAUAAGAAUCGAUAUGGGAACAUCAUAUCCUAUGACCAUUCCCGAGUGAGGCUGCUGGUGCUGGAUGGAGACCCACACUCUGACUAUAUCAACGCCAACUACAUUGAUGGAUACCAUCGCCCUCGCCACUACAUUGCAACUCAAGGUCCAAUGCAGGAGACCGUAAAGGACUUUUGGAGAAUGAUCUGGCAGGAGAACUCAGCCAGCAUCGUCAUGGUCACCAACCUCGUGGAAGUGGGCCGGCACCCAGCGGAACACACUGUGGGCAAUGCCACGCUAGGCCGUGCGGCGUCCCCCGGAAUGGUGAAAUGCGUGCGGUACUGGCCGGAUGACACAGAAGUCUAUGGGGACAUUAAGGUCACACUGAUUGAAACCGAGCCCCUGGCGGAAUAUGUCAUACGUACCUUCACAGUCCAGAAGAAAGGCUACCACGAGAUCCGGGAGCUUCGCCUCUUCCACUUCACCAGUUGGCCUGACCACGGCGUCCCCUGCUAUGCCACCGGCCUCCUGGGUUUUGUGCGCCAGGUCAAGUUCCUGAACCCCCCAGAGGCCGGACCCAUCGUAGUCCACUGCAGCGCCGGGGCCGGAAGGACAGGCUGCUUCAUUGCCAUUGACACCAUGCUUGACAUGGCUGAGAACGAAGGGGUGGUGGACAUCUUCAACUGUGUGCGCGAGCUCCGGGCCCAGAGAGUCAACCUGGUGCAGACAGAGGAGCAGUACGUGUUCGUACACGAUGCUAUCCUAGAAGCUUGCCUCUGCGGCAACACCGCCAUCCCUGUGUGUGAGUUCCGCUCUCUCUACUACAACAUCAGCAGGCUGGACCCGCAGACCAACUCCAGCCAGAUCAAGGAUGAAUUUCAGACCCUCAACAUUGUGACCCCCCGCGUGAGGCCUGAAGACUGCAGCAUUGGGCUUCUCCCCCGGAACCACGACAAGAAUCGGAGCAUGGAUGUCCUGCCACUGGACCGCUGCCUGCCCUUCCUCAUCUCAGUGGAUGGCGAGUCCAGCAACUACAUCAAUGCGGCCCUGAUGGACAGCCACAAGCAGCCUGCCGCCUUCGUAGUCACCCAGCACCCACUACCCAACACCGUGGCCGACUUCUGGAGGCUGGUGUUCGACUACAACUGCUCCUCCGUGGUCAUGCUGAAUGAGAUGGACACUGCCCAGCUCUGUAAGCAGUACUGGCCUGAGAAAACUUCGGGGUGCUACGGACCCAUCCAGGUGGAAUUUGUGUCGGCAGACAUCGACGAGGACAUCAUCCACAGAAUAUUCCGCAUCUGUAACAUGGCCCGACCCCAGGAUGGGUAUCGCAUUGUCCAGCAUCUCCAGUACAUCGGCUGGCCCGCCUACCGGGACACCCCCCCCUCCAAGCGCUCACUGCUCAAAGUGGUUCGACGGCUGGAGAAGUGGCAGGAGCAGUAUGACGGAAGGGAAGGCCGUACAGUGGUCCACUGCCUAAAUGGGGGAGGCCGCAGUGGAACCUUCUGUGCCAUCUGCAGUGUGUGUGAGAUGAUCCAGCAGCAAAACAUCAUCGACGUGUUUCAUAUCGUGAAAACAUUGAGGAACAACAAGUCCAACAUGGUGGAGACCCUGGAACAGUAUAAAUUUGUAUACGAGGUGGCACUGGAAUAUUUAAGCUCCUUUUAGCCCAGUGGGACGGGAACCUGCGUGCGGAGGUGGUGCAGCCCCGCCCCCAUUUCUGUGAAUGUGGGUGACUGGGACCAGGGGCGAAGAGGGGGCAACCCUGCCCGGCCAAGGAGAAGACUGGCAGCCCGCGGUGGGAUCUGUACCCCUGAGGGAUCUCCUGGAGCGGAGACGCUGCCCCGCUCACCACAGCCCAGGCCUCCCCUCCACCCCCAGCCAGCCCCAGGCCCGCCAGAAGCACCCCCACAGCAAGGCCCCAGGCUUCUGGGCUUCCCGACUUCUCGCUUUCGCUCUUCUAAGUGUGUGAAUCUUGUGGCAUGGGACCGUGCGGGUGCUCAGCAGCAUCCUUCUCAGCCCCUCUUGUCCUGGAGCUGUGGGGGGUCUUCCUCUCUCCACGGCAAUGUUCGACUCUCAAGGUUCCUGUUCUGCCGCCCCUUGUCCCUACACAACUUACUCCAGGGACUCUCGCAUCAACCCUGGCCCCGACCCACCUGGAUCUGAGUGACUUCAGGAUGCUUUGGAUACCAGCAGCGAGGCCCCAGCCAGCAACACUGGACCUGCACGGGCCUUGAUGGCCCCCCACCACACACUCCCAGCUCCAUUCUGCACCCCACCCCCACCCUCACCUUAGCCUCUGUCACUCCCCGAGCUGGCGUUGGGGGAUGUGGUUUCCCUCAUUGUGGGAGGAGGAGGGGGUCAACGGGAGGGGGUGAUGCUGCAGGACCCUUGCUGUCCCCUGGCCUUUGAGGACUGGGACAUCUCCCUGGAGUGGGGCCCUGGUCGACUUUGUAUCUCUUUGGGGGGAGCCCCUUCGUUUGGGAACAAAGAACAAACUGAAGUUUGAUGCUUUGCCAAAGGUGUAGGUGGAAAGUAACUUUUGGCAGAGGGAGUGCAUAUGAAACGCCAGGAAGGGAAGCUUGACUGUAGCAGUAAGACUGGUUGCUGAGCCCUGUGAGUAGCCAGGAGGAGCCCUUCAGAGUCUCCCCCAAGCCUCCCCCCACCUCACGCAUACCCCAGGACAGGACAGCUGCUGAGCAAGGCAUCCCGGGCUGACUGAAGAGGGGCCUGCAGUUUCAGGGGGUCCGUAGAGCACCUGCUGGGGCAUAAGCCUAGACUGUUCGGUAUGUAAACUGAGCUUCGCGCUCAGGACAGACCAGUGCAGGCCCACUGACAUCUGAGUUUUGCCCAAACGUGUUGGGUCUAUGCAAGGGAACCAGCAUUCGCAAAAGAUACUAUUAGAGAGGCCUUAGAUACCCUCAGGCCUGGCUCCUUCUACAUGGCAUCUCACUGACCUUAGACCUCUCCAGCCCAGCGCCCUCUGGGAGAGCCAUGAACCUGCUCUCCUCUCCACUGUACAAUGGGGGCAGCCGAGGCACCUGCCUCGGUGAUGCGGUUCUGGGUUCCACAUAGGCAGAGAAGGGCAAUGAAACUUCUUUGUAACAUUUCUGCUUUUCUCUCUUCACUGAGCAGUUCUUUUUUUAAGAAGAAAUUUGGCCCGAGACUUGGGAGCCGAGGACUCGUCACGUGGCCAUUUCAUUCUUCCCAAGUCCUGUCCUUCCGGCCAACUGGGCACCCAUAUGUGUUAGUAACUCACUCCCUGCUCCAGGGUCAAGCUGCUCUUCUCUUCUAUCCUCCCCUCCUCUCCCCGCUCCUCUCCUCUCCCCUCCCCUCCUUCCCUCCCCUCCUUCCCUCCCCUCCUCUCUCUCUCUCUCUCUCUCUCUCUCUCUCUCUCUCUCUCUCUCUCUCUCUGUCUUUCAGCCGGUGAAAACAAUUCCCUGUUCCCUCAGGUACGGGUACACCUCACAUAGGGCUGCCUGCUGCCUGGGCCUGCCAGCCCCAGGUGGCCUGGGAAGCUGCAUGCUCCAUCCUGGAGAAUGACCCAACCCCACACGGGGCAGGAGGAAGUCAGAAUUCAGAGACCCCGUUCUUACCCUCAAGGACUGUGGGCAGGGGAAGUUGAACCAGAGGGCACUGAGGGGUACGGAGACCUGAGCAUAGGACCGUCAGAUGAGCGUGCUGGAGAGAUUGCUGAGAGCUUCCUAGAGGUGGUGUCAUCCAUUCUCAGCAAGUGGCAAAAGGAAGCAGAAGUCCCUUUUGUGCAAUGUGCGGGCACCCAAAAUGAGGGUUGGUGGGAUGAUGGGAGUGAGACUGGCUGGAGCUGGGCAGGGCAGGGUUGUAGCUGGAGUUGGGGAGAGGAAUGCUCCUGCAGGGGUGCAGUCUUUGGCCCCCUAAGGCUGCCAGGAGCCCGUGCAUCUUGUGAGUGAUGUGCUUAGCUCUGCGUUGGGAAACGCCUCCUCAGAGCUGGGGGUCCUCUACUCCUUUUCUGAGACACUGUGAAAACACCCCCCAAAGUGCGCACUUUUUCUAGGACACCUAUUUGUCUGUCUGCUCACUGUCUUGUUGCUGGAACAAAAUAAUCAGUGGGCCACUUGUGGGAUGAACCAGGUCUUGGCUCCACUUGGGAGCUGGGUGAGCCACCCUGGUCUCUGGGGUCAAGAGGAUGAGACACUUAAGGGGCCACGGAGGCUGCUCUCAUGGGCAUGGGUCUUGCCUAGAACUCUUCAAGGUCAGGGAUGCCUGGCUUGAUCAUAGGAAGACUGUCACUUGGAGGCUCAAAAGAGCCUCAAACCCAAGGGAAAGGAGGGAGGAAGGGGAGAGAUGAGCUUCUCUCUCUCUCACCUUUAGAUGGGACUCCUCCAGGAGUCAGCAACAGGCCAUGGUCCAGCCCCCACUGACCCAGCUGUCCCCAACCCCAGUCACCCCCACAAACCAGCCCGCACACACUCCCUGCUUCCCCCAGACUUCAGAUAGCCCAGAGCAGGGUGCAUUAGCCUAUUCCAUGCCAUUUUCUCCCAUCUGGACUCAUCCACACAGAAUGGGCUUGAGGAUCCAACACAGAUCUGAGGACUUCUUCUAUCCAGGAAAAGGUUUCUGUCAUUUCCAGUGAUGGGAGUUGAAAACUUGGCUUUGGUGAGAAGGGAAAUUGCCAAGCCUCAGGUCACAGUGGGGUAGACAACCCAGCCAGGGCUAGUGAACAUGCUUCUGGCUUAACCCCUCCCUUGGUCCUCACAACCCAGCCCACCCUGCAGAGAAGGCAAGGCAGGGAACAGCAUGAAGGCAAGUGGACACAGGAAGAAACAGUCACAAGAGCAAGGUGCCUUUCCUAAGAUCUGGGACACGGACCUGGCCAGGACACGGCAGAGGUUGAAGGAGAGAGAGCACUGGUAGAUUGUUUCCCAGAAAAUCUCCUGAGCAAACACCAUCUUCACUGAGGUCUCCCCUCCACCCCCAUCCCAUCCACCCACCCCUGUAGAAUGCAGCAGAUAAGAGCAUAAAUGCUCUCUGGGUCCCACAGCAGGAAGCAGACGCUCUCUUACCCUGGAACCAAAGACAGGACCUCCUUCAGCACUGAGCCUUGCUCCCUCCUCUCUUGGAUGGAGGCCCUGUUCGGAGAUAAUAUACGGUGCUGAUGAGAAGCCAGGAAUGGUCCCACCACCAGGUGAAAUGGCUGAGGGACUGAGCUUCCUUCUGUCCCUUCACCCUUUCUGAGCAAGAGAGCUCUGCUUUCUGGGUGGGCCCUCUCUUAGGGUGAGGCCCAAGCAGUGACUGCCAGAUGUUAUCACCUGAUAUCAUAAGGCCAUGUGCUGGGGACAAGCUUGCAAACUCACUGAAUUCUGCCUACACCCCUGGAAGGAGGUUGUGGCGAUCCCUAUUUUAUAGAUGAUGAAACAGAGGGGAGAAAUCACAGAAGUAGCCACAACCAAUACUAAGAAACAAAAGCGUCAGCGUGUAACUGGGUGGAAGUCUGGAUAUGUCACUCUCUUCCCUCAUCUGUUCCUUUGUAACAAUGGUUAGAGGGAAGUGGUGGAUCUGGAAAUGCCUAAAGCCAGGCCACAAUGAACAUAAAAAUCCUUCUGGCACAAGUUUUAAUUUAAUAAUUUGUGCAAUAUUUGCACAUAUGCCAAUCUAGUCCAAUCUGAGCAUGAUUUUUUUCAAACCAAGGGUCCUGCUUCUCCUAUAGCUUUGAUGCUCUGCCCCACCAUGAUGAACCCUGGUGAAUAAUAGUCCAAUGUGAGACACACGAUGUCCGGGCAUGCUGCUUUACCCAGAGGCCAGUGGCAGACUCACAACCUGCUCAUUCACUCCUGGGCAGACUGUUUGGUACAAACCCUUCUACCAGACCCAUGGGUUGACCUCAGCUCAAGGGGUUCAGUCAGAGGCUAAAAGGAACCCACAGACAUGGAGUGGAGAGAUGAGUCUCACCCCAGAGCAUCAUAAAGGCUGGGCCUAUAAAACCCCAUAAGGUAAGAAGUUGGACCUAGCUUCACCCAACUGAUUACAAAAUGCUGGGGGUUCUUUGUCCAGGUGGGGCAUGUGGCUGCUAAUGUGGUCAAAUCUGAAGGCACACUUCACAUGUGGGGCUGGGGUUCUGGAAGGCUCCUCCCUCUCCUUCCCCCCCACAUAUCUACUGAGUUCCUAUAACUCUCAGGAAGGGGACCUGGAUAGGGUGCUACUGGGAAGCACAGGUUACUUUAGCACAGCUCAUUCCCUAGGGAGUGGGAGAAAGCGCUCUUUGAUUUGAAUCUCAGGAGGAUCAUUCGUUGGCUAUAUAAUGUUUGAAAGCUCUGGGCAGGAAAGUCGAAGGCAAGGCCAAGAAAUUGGAGCCCAAGAGGAAUCAUCACAACUAAGGCUGCAUAGGGUCAAUGUGGACAAUGUAGUUCCCUCUAUGACAACAAGCAGGAUGGGGCUAGGCAAGGAUUAGUCAUUGAACCACUUGGAGUAAAUAGGGUAUGCUUUAGAACAUGUCUCACUUGUCUGGAGAAAAGAUGGUCACGUUCCCUCUGGCCAAUUGUGUUUGUUCUUCGUUUCCCCUUGCUUUGCUAGUUCCUUCUGUGCAUCUUUACUAGGAUCCACAUUUCCUGCUCUGGGGUGCGCGUAUAAAGGUGUCAGUCUAGCAAGUUUCCAGGGACGAUGGAAGAGAGGCCCAGGAAGAUACUAAACAUGCCACACUGUGGAAAUGGCUACCCAGCCUAGGUCCACAGAAGUGUAUAGAAAUAAUAAUUCCCCAUGUAAGUCCUUCUUUAGAGUGGAAUGAAGAAUUCCACACUCCCUUAGCCUGCAGCUGACCAUCCCUGAGCUGGACAGAUAGGUCAUCUCACCAAGCCCAGUCAGAAAGAAUGCUAGGGAAAACAUGGGUAUGUCCAAGAAUCAGAGGAACAGGUUGCUAGUUCUAAAUCAUGAGGACACCAUAUUCUACUGAGCCAGGAUCCCUGGAGACAGUGGUUAACCCAAGCUAUUGGGUGGUUCGGAAUAUGAGACAUAAGUAACAUGGAUGGUUACUUUGCCUCAAAGUACUGGAUUGCCUUUAUAUUCAUCUAACUUGUUUAAGAUCUGCAGUCAAUGACGCCUGUUCCACCUGAUAGUCAAAUGAAACAGGGAAAGAGUCAAAGUGGAUGCCCUAGAGGAGACCAGCUGAGAUUCAGCUUUGUCUCUCUCUAUACAUGCCAGGGUUCUAGUUGGAGAUUUUUUUUUUCUAUGAAGUGAUAGCAUGCAGGACCCUGGCAUCCAGCUAGUUGAGAUCUAUCUUGAAUGUGGUACUACUAUCUGCACAGCAAGGGAGAAGGUCAGUGACAGAGUGAAAAGGGGUGUAUGAGCUCCAAUUUCCUUUGACGCCCAUUUCAAGGUUAUGGAUACAGUCAUCAGAGGCACAAUGAGAUACUUAGCCAUAUUGGUGCAUAUGAACCGACUCUCUUUUGCCUUAUUGGUAACCAGAGAGCUAAUUUGAUAUGGAACUGGAUAGACAUACAGCUGUCUUAUAGACACUAAGAAUCAACUGCAUCCCUCUUCCUACAUCUAGAAAAGAUAGGUAAAAGUCAUUCGAGGAAUUACUCCUUGAAUUUUAUCCAUGAGGGUUAGGUCCCAGGGGGUUGAUUCAUAAUGCAAGCAUCUAUAAUGCUAAAUCCUAAGCCUCACUUACUACUAGAGCUAGAGAAUGGCAUCCUGGGGAUGAGACAAGAGUUGUGGAAAGACUUGGAAUGAAAGAGAGUCUAUGGGAAGAGAUAUUUGGGAAUCCCUUUUAGACCCAAACCUACUCUGCAUGGUGGGAUUUGGAUUCUGGUCCCUGGUUUGAAAAAUUAGAAAAUGAGGGUUGAGGGGAUGGGGGGUUGAUGCUGAGAGUUUGGAUAGGUAGAUAUGGGUAUGGGAGCCCGUGAUCUGGAUAGAGUAUAAUUCCAGGGUCCUGGAUGAGGAGGACCCUGAGAUUUGAAAACUUAGAGGAUGUGAAUUAGUCUGCCAAAACUGUAAAACCGUGACUCUAUAAAGUAUUUUAGUACCUUCAAGCUUUUGAAUAUAAUUCAUUGGACCCCUCCCCCAUACACACACUAUGGUCCAACAAAAUCUUUCAACACCCACUUUGCACCUUUGCACCAUGGAAGGUUAAUCUGGGCGUCAAAGGUACUGGAGGUAGUCUGGAAGUACAAAGAACAAAAUGUUGUUAUCUAGGCCAGACAGGCUCCCAAAGGGUCAAACAGAACAUGAGUGCCACAUUCUCCUCAUGUCUGCAGCACUCUCUGCAAGAUUUUGCUAGUCCCAGGUAAAUACUAUGAGUAGAACAAGGACCAAUGGGUAAAAUUGCAUAGUUGCAUAAGGAAGAACUUGCCAUUUGAUAGAGAGGAUACAUUGCCCAUCCCAGCAGCGCUAUCUCAGCAGUGGUUCAACAGAAAAUGCCAGAUGGCCUUUCAGUAGCUUCUAUCAUACACGAGUGAGAUAUUUUUUUCUGGAGCUGGGCCCAGCUUUGAACUCCUUCAAUCUUUCAGAGCACAAAGCCAAGCAGAUUGUGCAGCUUGAAGGCCCCUGUUUUCCUGCCCAAGUCUUCCCACUAUGUGGGCCAAGAAGCUGCACUAGCAGCAUAUCCAGAACUCAACCAAGCAGCCCAAAGAAAACAGUGGCUUUGCCAUGGGACUUAAUGCCCACCAAGAUUUCUGAUGAGAACAGCCAUAAUUCAGAUGCACUGACGAAGAGGGCCCUCAGGGGCCAGAACCAGUCAAGGUCCACACAGGACCAAGAGCAGGGCUUCGCUUACCAUUCAUCCUAUCUCUUGAGGUUCAUUCUAUCCACCCCCACUCCUCACCUGCGGCCUGUUGAAGCAGAUUGAAAAAGAAAAAGCACAGAGAUUCAAUUGACACAGAAUUAUAGUCAUCCCCAGUGCACCCAUUUCAUUGCCAGAUGGAUCAUGGACUAGCCCAGUUAAUACAGGCUAAUCCAUAUUGGUCAUAAGACUCAGAAGCACUUUUCUACCUUCUCUUUUCACCCUCCAUCCUUCUAGCCUAGGAAAGAUAGAGAUUCGGGGCCUCUAUCAAUGCCAUGGCUACUCAACACCCUCAUUGCCCUCUUAGGUCCCCCCAGGGGGUCCCACUCCACACCAGGGAGCUCAGACUUUCCACGGGCACUGGGCAUAUGAUGUUGCAUGAGACCAAAGUCUCUACACUUUGCAGCCUCCUCCAUGAAUCCCAAUGGCCUGCACUUGUACAGUUUGGGUGUUUGAUAGAUAAGGCACGUAUGAGAAGAGAAAACAAAAUAAAUCAACUUUUUUUAAAAAGCCAGCACUGUGCUGUCAAUGUUCUCUCUUUCUUUUUUUUCUUUUUCCUUUCCAAUUCCAGCUUAAAAAAGUAGAUGGUAAAUAAUGUCAGGUCAAUGAAUAUCAGAUAUAUUUUUUGACUAUACAUUACAGUGAAGUGUAAUCUUUUUACACCUGCAAGUCCAUCUUAUUUAUUCUUGUAAAUGUUUCCUGACAAUGUUUGUAUUAUGGCUGUGUUGAAAAUCUAUACAAUAAAGCUGUGGCCCUGA